AUGGACUGGGCUAAAAAUUCUCACCAGAACACUGCCAUGUUGCUUCUUGAUUUUGAGAAGGCCUAUGACAGAGUCGAAUGGAAAUUUAUUCUGAUGAUGUUGGAAGCAUUUGGCUUUCCUCCUUAUUUUUGUCUUGUUGUUCAAACUCUUCUUAAGGACGCCUCUGCGCGUAUUGAAGUUAAUGGAGUUCUUUCCCCCUCAUUUCCGCUCGGUAGAUCUAUCAGGCAGGGUUGCCCUUUGGCCCCUGCCCUUUUUGUCAUAGCCUCUGAAGCCCUGUACUAUAUCCUCAGAGACUCCUCCUUGUCUCCCGAUGUCAGAGGUAUAUUUCUUCCCAACGAUGAAGAGCUUAUUAAUUGUCAGUUUGCUGAUGAUACGGCUCCGUUUUUUGAGCUUACUGAAAAUAACUUUAAAAAUCUGCAAGGAAAGCUUGAUGUUUUCUGUUCUACUUCUGGUGCUCGUAUUUCUCAUGCCAAGUCAAUUUGUCUUGGUUGGGACGAGCACCCCCCUGAGUGGUUUGUUAAUUCCGGAUUUCAAUGGGGAGGCCCUAACAAAACUGUCAAAUAUCUUGGUAUCCCCUUUUCUGUGGAGCCUACCCUUAAGAAUAUGUGGCUCUGGAUUAAAGAGAAGAUUCUCAAUAAGCUUAAUAAAUGGCAUAAUAGAACUCUUUCUUUGGCUGGCAGGAUUCAAGUCUGUCAAAAAAUUUUGUCUUCUUACAGUAUUUAUCAUUCUUCAGCUUGGUUGUUCAGUAAUUAUCAGAUUCAAGAAAUUCAAAGUGCCAUCAGAACCUUUCUCUGGUCUGAUGGUAAAGGAAACAAAAAGCAGCAUGCUGUUAAAUGGGCCUGGUGCCAUGCUGACAAGAUCCUUGGGGGGCUUGGGCUUAAAGACCUGAAAACCCAGGGUAUUGCCCUUUCCGCCAAAUGGAUCUUUCAUUCCUUGGAGGGUAACAGCCCUUGGAAAGUGCUUGUCAGGCAUAACAUUGAGAGAGGCUUUCCCAGGAAAGCUAAGUCUUGGAAAAACCUCCCUUUCAGUGAUCUUCUUUUAGGUAAUUUCCCUAUUGCUGUGCAAGGUUCUGUGGUCUUCAAAUCAAUAUGGAAGGCCUGGGAACAUGUUAGGGAUCAUAUCUCCAACAAGGACUGUUACUUCAAUGAUCAACUCCACGGAGAAAGAUCUAUUUGGUGGAAUUUGGUCAUCAAUGGGAAGCCCCUUGCUUUAUCCCAAGGAUGCUCUGCCAGAUCCUGGGCUAAAAAAGGGAUAAAUCAAUUUGUGGAUUUGUUUGAGGAUGGUCUCCUCCCCUCGUGGGAUGCCAUUAAGACCAAAUAUGACAUUCCUGACUCUCAGAAGAAAACUUACAAUAUGAUCCUUCAAGCUGCUAGAGAUCUCCCCUCUUUAUGCCAUGUUGAUUCUCUUAGACAUCUUAAUUGCAAGUGGCCGGGGGGAGUUGUUAUGGCUAGCCUCAAGGCCAAGAACAUCUACUCUGUUAUUAAUCAAACUAAUGAUAUUAUUGUUCAUGUGAACUCUGUCUGUUAUUCUUCCUUUGAUACUAAGAUGUGGAAUAAGUUGUUUCAGUAUUUAUGGAGAAGACCUAUUGAGCCAAAAAUUAACUGUUUUAAAUGGCUUGUUCUGCUUGAUAAGCUUCCUGUUAAAAGCUUUAAUUUUGAUUCUGACUUGUGUAGCAUUUGUAGACUCCCAGAAACUGGGAGACAUAUUCUUUUCGAUUGUUUAUUUGCUAAAGAAAUUUGGAGUAUGUUUGGUGUUAUCUAUCCUAUUACUGUGAGCAUUCUUGACAUGAUUACUGGUUAUAUAUCUGGUCUUCCUAAAGAUUCGAAUCUUUUUUGGAAUAUACUGUCCUCUAACAUUCUUUGGCAGAUAUGGAAAUGCAGGAACGAAGAGAAGUACCAAGGUAAGCCAAGGGCUCUUACUGAGUUUUUCAGGAAACUCACAUAUUUUAAAAUCUUUCUGCAGGUUCAAGUCACCAUGAUGAUAGAGAGAAAGAAGCUGGAAAGAUUUCUCAAGACUGGUCACGCAUCCUUCUACUACUAUGAGCUGAAAAAUGGAUACCUUUGGCGGAGAACGCUAGAAGAUCUUCACGCCUUUGACCAAGCUUGUGUCAAGCUCAAGAAAGAAAUCAGGAAAAAUGCAAAUCCCAGGAUGGAAGAGCUCUCCUUGCUAUCUCAGGUUCAAGCGCAUAAGAAUAUAAUCUGGAUGGAAGACCCCCAAGGCUGGACUGCCUGGGUCGAUGAUUUCUAUGAUAUUCUUCACUAG